UCUCAUCCCCAGAAUGACAGCACCCAAAGCCAUCCAUAAAAGAAAACUUACCGUUUAAUCUCCCUCUCGCCCUCUCUCGCUCUCUCUUUCUCCAUCGUUUUCUAUCAUCCCCAGAGAGAAAGCAAAGAGGAAGAGAGCGGAGAGAGUCGGUGGCCAUGGCGGGGCAACAGUUGCAAGUCCUCAACGCCCUCGAUGUCGCAAAGACCCAGUGGUAUCACUUCACUGCGAUCAUUAUCGCUGGGAUGGGCUUCUUCACUGAUGCCUACGAUCUAUUCUGCAUAUCCCUUGUCACCAAGUUGCUCGGCCGCAUCUAUUACCAUGUCGACGGCGCGGCAAAGCCCGGCUCUCUGCCUCCUAAUGUCUCGGCAGCUGUCAAUGGGGUCGCGCUCUGCGGGACCCUUGCUGGCCAGCUCUUCUUCGGGUGGCUCGGUGACAAGUUGGGCCGGAAGAAGGUCUAUGGCCUGACCUUGAUGCUCAUGGUCAUAUGCUCCAUCGCCUCGGGCCUCUCAUUUGGGCACAACUCCAAGUCGGUGAUGGCCACCUUGUGCUUCUUCCGCUUCUGGCUUGGCUUCGGUAUCGGUGGUGAUUACCCGCUGUCAGCAACAAUCAUGUCCGAGUAUGCAAAUAAGAAGACCCGAGGUGCUUUCAUUGCUGCUGUUUUCGCCAUGCAGGGCUUUGGGAUCCUUUUUGGCGGUGUCUUCGCCAUCAUCGUGUCAACAGCCUUCAAGACGAGGUACGAUGCCCCGGCUUAUGAGGUGGACCCGAUUGGCUCGACUGUUCCACAGGCUGACUAUGUCUGGAGGAUCAUCUUGAUGGUGGGGGCGAUUCCGGCAGGGCUCACCUACUACUGGAGGAUGAAGAUGCCGGAGACCGCCCGCUACACUGCCCUUGUGGCUAAGAACGCCAAGCAGGCUGCAUCGGACAUGUCCAAGGUCUUGCAAGUUGACAUUGAGGCCGAGCAAAGCAAGGUCGAGCAGCUAACCAAGAGUGAGGCCGGCGCAUUCGGCUUGUUCACCAAGCAAUUCUUCCAGCGCCAUGGCCUCCACCUGCUUGGGACGACUUCCACCUGGUUCUUGCUCGACAUUGCGUUCUACAGCCAGAAUCUGUUCCAGAAGGAUAUCUUCAGCGCGAUCGGGUGGAUCCCUGCUGCGAAGACCAUGAACGCACUUGAGGAGGUGUUCAGGAUUGGGCGGGCACAGACACUUAUUGCCCUGUGCAGCACCGUCCCUGGGUACUGGUUCACCGUGGCCUUCAUUGACAGGAUGGGGCGGUUUGCUAUCCAGCUGAUGGGCUUCGCUUUCAUGACGGUGUUCAUGUUCGCACUCGCUAUCCCAUACAACCACUGGACGCACAAGGAAAACCGCAUCGGGUUCGUGGUGAUAUACUCACUCACCUUCUUCUUCGCCAACUUUGGGCCCAACGCCACCACUUUCGUGGUCCCAGCUGAGAUCUUCCCUGCCAGGCUGCGGUCGACCUGCCACGGGAUAUCUGCGGCGGCAGGGAAGCUCGGGGCGAUUGUGGGCGCUUUCGGAUUCCUGUACCUAGCGCAGAACCAGGACAAGACCAAGGCCGACGCAGGCUACCCGGCGGGCAUUGGGGUCCGGAACUCGCUCAUCUUAUUGGGAGUCAUCAACUUGCUGGGUCUUCUGUUUACGUUCUUGGUGCCCGAGUCGAAGGGCAAGUCAUUGGAAGAGAUGUCCGGAGAGAACGAGGAAGUGGCAGUGGAGGAGUUGGAGCCCAGGUCCUAGAGCAACAGAUCACUACCAGGCACGGGAGAUUUUGGAGUUUGGACACAUUCAAGUCUAUGUCAUGAAUAAUCCUGCAAAUCCUAACUCCUGUUAGAGUUUAUAAUGUUUUGGACAUCUGAUCUCCUUUAGCGGCUGAGUUUUCUUUUUCUUCUUUUCCUGCCUUUGAGUUUGACCUUUUCAUUUGGGGGGAGUUGCGUUUUGGAGUGGCUUGAGCUUUGUAUUACAUAUUUGUAAGUCAAGAAAAUGCAAGUUCUGAUGCCAGUUA